AUGUCAGUUUCAAAUGCCAGUAAAUCCAGCAAGGCUGGUACUUCCAGUUCAAUUAGUAGUACUAGGCUCAAGGCAGCUGCUACUUUAGCAGGCCUUCAGGCAGAAGCCGCAAGCAGGAUAGCAUUGAAAGCCAUUGAAGAGGAAGAGUUUAGACUUGCUCAGCGUAAGCGAGACUGCGAACUCCAGCUGGAAAUUGCCAAGGCAGAGGCAGAGAAAAGGGCUCUGGGAGACAUUGAACAAUCUUCACAUGAAGAGGAGCCUAAGCUAAGUUUACAUGGGUCGACGGCUGCAGAGAAGGUGGAUCAGUGGUUAACUGGUAACCCGCAGCCAUCUGCUCCAGUGCAACCAUCAUCGCCCAUGGCAGCGAUUCCUUUGCAACGUGAGAUGAUUGACACGUUGCUCUUGCCGAAGUGUGAGCUGGUCAAGUUCAAUGGGGACCCUCUUGAAUACUGGAUCUUCAUCUCUAGCUUUGAUGCAGCUGUUGGCAACACCAGCGUUGGGGCCAGCGCCAAGCUAAAUCGCCUGUUCCAGUAUUGUUGCGGAGAGGCGCUGGCAGUUAUCAGAUGUUGUGCUGUCAUGCAGCCGGAUGAGGGCUACACAAAGGCAAGAGCAUUGCUACGUGAACGCUUUGGUAACGAUUACAGGAUUUCGGAAACUUGGGUCAGUAAACUUACAGAGGGCCCGCGCAUCCUGCCAGGGGAUUGCAGAGGUAUCCAGAAGUUAGCUGACGAUCUUCGAAGUUGCACACUCACUCUGACAGCGAUGAAAAAGCUUGGAGAAGUUGACACUAAAAGGAGCCUUAGCCUCAUCGUAAAGAGACUGCCACAAUUCGUGCAGGGUAAAUGGCGUUCGAAAGCUGUGGGCAUUCUGGACAAGACUGGCCACUACCCCGAUGUUGCAGAACUUGUCAAGUUUAUCAGCAAAGUAGCUCGAGAGGCAAAUGAUCCUGUUUAUGGUUUGGAGGACCGGCACAGCAAUGAGAAAUCACCCAAGAAGAAGGGAUCCAACUAUAAUAUCCAAGCCACCAGUGAGGUCGACCACAGGUCUCGGGUUGGGACUGACUCGCCCAAGCAUCAAUGUGGCAAGAACGAAUUGGUGAAGAAGACAGCUUGUCCAUUGUGCUCUGGGGGACAUGCACUCGCGGCAUGCAACAACUUUGGUAAGAUGUCUCCUACUGACCGAGUCAAAGUGGCGAGUGAAAACAAGCUGUGUUUCAACUGUCUCUGCAGUAGGCAUUUUUCAAGGCAGUGUAAAGCAGCUCCCUGUGGUUUUCAAGGAUGUAGAGGAAAACACUCGAGGUUGUUACAUGGUGUAUUCCAGAGAGCGAAUUCUGAAGAUGGAGGUGCUCCUAAAGAAUCGCCUGAUGAUCAGAAAGUCGGAGCAACAAGUCUCGCUUGUGGGUCCAGUCAAGAACACUCCAAGAUAGCCCUACCAGUUGUCGCCGUGAUGGUGAGAGGUGCGGGUAGUGGGGAGUGGCUCAAGACAAAUGCUCUUCUUGAUCCCGGGAGCAACAGGUCGUUCUGCUCAAUGGAGUUAGUGAAAAUGCUGGGUGUAAAGGGCACCCCACAGUCUUUGUCUCUGGACACGUUGAACGAGAAUGCACAGGUUCAAACAGUUGUGCUUUCGUUGGACGUGUCUGGAAUUGUCGGCAAGGCCCAUACCAGAAAGUCUUUCUGCAUACCAGAGAUUCACGCUCUGAAAGAGUUUCCCACUCUGCGAGAUUCCUGCGCUACCCUUGAAGAUGUGAGGAAGUUCAAACACUUGAGAGACAUUCCUGUUCCAUGCGUGGCUAAAGAUGGUGUAGCGAUUCUCAUUGGACAAGAUGCCCCACAGGCCCUGGUUCCAUUAGAGGUGAGGCGUGGUGCGGAAGGCGAACCCUACGCAGUCAGAACCUGCCUUGGAUGGACGGUGAAUGGACCGUUAGCCAGUGGGAGUCCAGCAGCAGCAGUGUCCAACUUUGUUCAAGGCGGCCUUGAAGCUCAGGUCGAGCGAUUUUGGAAGCUUGACACUGCAGACCUAUCAGAUGACAGAACCAUGUCACUGGAUGACAAGAAGGCAGUCAAGACAUGGAAUGACUCAGUCAAUCUUGUUGAUGGCCACUACCAGUUAGACAUACCAUUCAAGUCGGACACUCCCGAUUUGCCUGAGAACAGGAUUGUUGCAGAAAGGCGCUUGCAAUCCCUUGCCAAGCGGUUUACCAAGGACCCCGGUUUGCACUCAAGAUACUGUGCAGAGAUACAAAAUCUGUUGAGCAGAGGGUUUGCUGAGAGGGUGCCUGAGCACGAGCUGGCAUCAUCAACGGGACGAACUUGGUACUUACCUCAUCACUGUGUUCUGAACCCCAACAAGCCUGAAAAGCUUAGAGUUGUGUUCGAUUGCGCUGCUAGAUGCUGUGGCACUUCGUUAAAUGACAGAGUAUUACAGGGGCCGGACAUGAUGAACAAGUUAGUUGGAGUCCUUACCCGAUUCCGAGAGCACAAAGUUGGAUUGAUGGGAGACAUCGAGCAGAUGUUUCAUCAGGUUGGAGUCUCCAAGGAACACAGAGAUGUGUUACGAUUCCUAUGGUGGCCUGAAGGGGAUGCUACUCGACCUCCUGAAGUGUUUCGUAUGACGGUCCACCUUUUCGGAGGGGUAUGGAGUCCGAGUUGCGCUGCAUUUGCUCUGCGGCGAACGGCAGAUGACAACGAGGAUAUGUUCAGCAGUGAUGCAGUCCAGGCGGUAAAAGAGAACUUCUACGUUGAUGAUCUUCUUAAAUCCUUCAAGUCGGAGGAUGAUGCAUCAUUCAUGGUGAAGCAGCUGACGCACCUUCUAGCUAAAGGUGGCUUCCACUUGACUAAGUGGAUCUGCAGUAGCAGAAAGGUCAUGGAUUCCGUACCGACGGCUGAAAGAGCCAAGACAGUCACCGACUUGGACCUUGAUCAUGAACGUCUUCCUGUGGAAAGGGCCUUAGGAGUACGUUGGGAUACCGAAGGUGAUCAGAUUGGAGUCAAGAUAAAGUCAAGGCGAGGAUGUCACACUAAGAGAGGUCUGUUAAGCAUUCUGAGCUCCGUUUACGAUCCUCUUGGGUGCGUGUGUCCAUUUGUUCUGUUGGCCAAGCUCAUGUUCCAAAAUGAGUGUAGAAUAGUUGGGAAGGGCUGGGAUGAGCCAUUGGAAGUCAGUACGCAAGAUCAGUGGACCAGGUGGCUGGAUGAUCUUCCCAAGCUGGAGCAGUUUUCAGUUGAUAGGUGUCUGAUUCCUGGUGAUUUUGGAAUUGUUGAGGAAUGUCGUUUGCAUCAUUUUGCUGACGCUUCACAAGAUGCCUAUGGCUCCGUUUCUUUUGCCCGCUUUGUCAACACUGACGGUGAUAUUCACUGCAGCUUUCUGAUUGGCAAAUCACGACUCGCUCCGUUGAAGACCAUGACUAUCCCUAGACUAGAGCUGUCUGCUGCAGUUAUUGCAGUGAAGAUGGACCAGAUGCUCAGAAGAGAACUAAGGGUUCAGGUGAAAGGGUCAACGUUCUGGACAGACAGUACGGUGGUACUCCAGUACAUAAGUAACCAAUCAAAGCGUCUCCAAACAUUUGUUGCAAACAGAGUUGCCACAAUUCAUGAUGGAUCUACCGCCAGUCAGUGGAGAUAUGUCAAUACACAGCAGAAUCCUGCUGACGAUGCAUCUAGGGGGCUCGAUGCCCAGAGUAUGCUUGACAAGAUAAGAUGGAGAAAGGGUCCUGAUUUCUUGUGGCAGACUGAGGACAGUUGGCCUGUGACUCCACAAAUUCCUAGUCUGCAGGAAAAGGACAAGGAAGUGAGAAAGAUAGCACUGUCCCGAGCCAUAGAUGUCGUUGAUCAGGAUGACCCCACUCACAGGUUGAUCAGCAGAUACUCGUCUUUGUAUCGUCUCAAAAGGGCGGUCGCAUGGGUGCUCCGCUUCAUAAAGUGGCUGCGACUCCAUAGGCCAAGGAACCUGGAUAAUGGAGAUAAGGGAAACCAGAGGUUGACUGUGGGUGAACUGCAAGAUGCAGAGCUGGCCAUAAUCAGGAGCGUUCAGAGAAGGCACUACAAGAAGGAGUUCCGUGAUUUGUUGGCGGGAAAGACUUCGUUCGUCAUGCACAUGAAUUGCUAUCUGGCCAUUCGGGCAAAGAGCAUGUGCUCUCUGUGA